CUCCACUCCUUACACACAAUCGCUCUUCAGCCGUGAAAACGCAACGCAAUCAAGUAAGUAGUUCGCCUGCUGCGAUUUUUUUCGACCAAGUUCUCAAAUAACAUUCUUUUGUUUAUUUAAUUCUACUCUAGAGUUUUCCCGGACUACUUUAAAACGAGAUGAAUGUCAAGAUGGGUCCGAAUUUUCACCUCGCGCUCUUCUUCGCAGUUUACGUGGCCCGUUGUUUCCUUUUCGUCGACGCAUUGCGCCAAGGUAAAGUUGUUCAAAUAGCCUCUUCACACCUCAUACUAGCUAAUCAUAAGCACGAGGCAAACGUAAAAAGAAUCCUUUCAACGUUUUCAUGAACUAAUUCAGGAUUUAAGCUUACAGAUAAACAUCGCAACUCAUCGAGCGACGAAGUAAAGUAAUAUAAUAGCCUAAUAUAUUCGAGAACGUGUUUCUACGUAUCUUUUCUGUUCUAUUUCCUGGAAAGAAUUUAUUUCCCCCUUUCACUAAUCACGGACUGCCAAUAGAUAUGGUAACCUGACGCCAAAUUUAAUUGUUUUCGCUGUGAAAAUUUCAAAUUUCCCCCAAAGUACUUAUAAGAACGUUUUUCGUAGUACAUAAGACAAUAGUCGUAAGCGAUAUUUAUCAAGAGCCAUUUCGAAGCACAAUUAGUCCUUACGUAGGUUCAAUGCAUUGUCUUUGAAAUUGGUUUCAUGAAAAUGUACCUUAUAGACUUUCCUGGUUUUUGUGUAGCAAGAGCUAGUGGGGAUCAGUUCAAUCGAUGGCGGAGUCGUUUUUUGCAUUUGUGCGUUGUAAACAAAAAGAUUAAGCCUACUUAAUGAAAGAUACGGGAACUAUUCAUAUAACGUGUGCACUAUCAUUGUCUUAGGUUGAUUAAGUGAGAGCCAGUUCAAGUUAUUAAAACCUACGAAAGCGCUUAUUCUGCACUUUUUCGGUGUAAACAAAACGUUUAAAAUUCCGUUCGUUCAGGGUGAACUGUUAGUGAGACGAAUUUUGGCUCGCUCUCAAAGACGCGGUUUUCUUCAUUUGCAUGAACCUCAUAAACAAACAUUGCAUAAUGAGAUUCGGGUUAGAGAUAAAUCCUGGAAGAAUGUAUGCUUUUCCGCUAUCAUUCGAUGUAUGUUUUGCACCGUGGAUCCGAAAAAGAAAGAAAAAGAAAGGAAAAAAGCUCAUUUGAGUCGUGGAAAUCAUUCACGAGACAAAAUAUUUGCUUCGUGGUAUUUUGCAAACUGACCAGCCCCUCUAACGCCCACCCCUUUUAAGGAAAUAUUUCGCUUUUUAUUUCCUGGUGAGACAAAAAUACUUUACAGAUAUUUUCAUUACUUAGUCGUUAACUUCAACAAUUAUAAUAUAUUCAAGCCACAAUGGUAUUUUCUUAGCUAAAUGGGAAGUUUCUUGUACAUCAUCAUGUUAUUAUUUUGGUUUUUUUAUUUGCUACAGGAAGUCAAUAAUGUAUAUCAGUAUUUUAAGCUUGUUUCUAAAACACAAUGAUUGUUGUUAUACUUGGGGCUUAUUACAAUAUUUUGAUCAUCAUGGGCAAAUACACUCAAACAUUGCCAGAAAAUUCAUAACAUCUGGCUGGAUAAGCAUUUCACAAACGAACGUAGCACUCCCAGAAAAUUGACAACACCUGUCUAAAUUUUUGAUGGGCUGUCAUAUGGUAAAUUAGCAUAUUCGAAGGGAAGUAGUAGUAAUGACCUUAGACUAAAUUUUCAAAAUAACCCUUCAUGGUAAGAUGAAACUGAACCAAUUAUUUUAAGGUCACCAUAAACUUGUAUGGACUAGUAAACCUUUUGCAGAAACAAUUCCACUCACACACCUGACAGGGAAACUUAAAAUUCCAAGAUAUAUGUGUGAGGCAGUAAAAGAAAGUUUCUUUUAGCUCCCUUGCUAAUGCCACCAAAGUAAAUUCAACUAGCAGCAUUUUUGUUACUGAGAUGAGAAGUAUAUAAAGCCCAAAUGAUUCCAAAACAAAGAAAAGCAAAGAAAGAAAAUCAGCCAAGGAAGUCACACAGCUUGAGACAGACUGGAAUUUAGUUAACACUCGUCUUGACUAUCUCAAUCCUUACAUCUCCUAUAAAAUGAAAAAUUGACUCUUCCUCAUUAAUCCUUUUAGGUUGCUCAGAUGCUCUUGGUAUGGAAAGCAACAAAAUAAAAGAUUUCCAGAUAAGCAGUUACACGUUUUCUUCUGGCUGGCUUCCUGAGCAUGGUAGAUUGAACAAUAAUAAUGGAGCUUGGUGCAGUGUAAACAAUGAUAAAACAUCUGAGUACUUCGAGAUAGACCUGCUGAGGGUCAGACAUGUUUCAGCCAUUGGUACACAAGGAGUACAAACUUGGAAUUACUUGAGCUACUACGUUAAGACAUAUGUGAUUAAGUACAGCUAUGAUGGAAGGGCGUGGUUAACUUACAAAGACACUGAUGAUGGUCCUGACAAGGUGUGUAAUCCUCAAUGUGUCUUAGGGGAAGUUUCUUUUACAUUCACAAUUGUGUGUGUACAAUGCUGGGAAAUGCAAUUCUCUUUUGGUAUUUUUUCAGUCAUUCAUUGGAAACUCAGAUGCCAACAGUGUGAAACUGAACAACUUGAGAGAUAAAUUUGUGACAAGAUACCUCAGGAUAUACCCGAAGGAUUAUAAAUAUGAUAUGUGUCUUCGAGUUGAAGUAUAUGGCUGCAGUGAUCAAGCUGGUAGGUUCACUUGAUAGAUACACCUUGAAAUCUUAAGUCCCAUUUGUUAUUAUUGUCAGCAGUAAAAAUUUGGAUUAUAUGUCGCUAAUGAGACAGCAUGCUAACUUUAAAACAGACAGAAUCAGAUUAGUUGAGUAAGGGCUAUUUUUGUUAUUUGUAAAUACUAUGUCCUUGAACUUGGGAAAAGUUUCCCAAUAUUGACAAGUUCAUGUAUAGUGAUAACAUUAACAAUACAAGCACAGUCAUUAAGGCUGUCGCCAUUCUCUUGGUAAGCUAGUGCUAUCCAGAGAAUGUAAAUUUUCAAGUAAAAGCCUCUGAAAAUUUAACUAUUUGUAAGUUUCAUCUUUCAUUUCAAUUGGCAUCAAUACAACUUUGAGUAAAUGUAGUAUCUUUUUGAGUAAUAAUAUUUCAUAUAAGAACUUCAAACAUUAUGAAUAUUGUUAUAGUGUAUAUGAAUCUCAAAUAUGUUGUCAGUGCCAAUUAAGCCUUUGCCUCGUAACAUUAGUAUGCAUAUUCUCCGUAAUGAACUUCUCUAAAGUAUACAUUCCCUAACGUGCUGACAAGGAGAAUUUGCUCAACAAUCCAGGGCUUCUUUAGUUGGUUUUCAUUUCCUUUAUUUUCAUGACCUUAAUGUUUGAUUCAGGGCUGAUAUUGAAAAGGGAAAUUAAGCACAUCACUUUUAGGAGUCAAAGGGGUUAAUUUAUCAUGUGUUAUAAUUGCACAAGCAAAAUCAGUAACAUGUUGAUUAGAAGUUUUUACCACAAUUUUUCAAAAUGAAAUUUCAGGUUACUUUCUGCAUGGUUUUCAACUUCAAAUGGGAAUUACAAUUGUAGUAAUUAUAUUUGAUAGCCUAUACAAUAUAAAAAAUGUACUCUUUAUAAAAUUAUUUUUUUCAGAUGAUUGUUCAAACUUUUCAACAAAUCCUUCUGGCUCCAUUGCAAGUCCAGGCUUUCCAAUCAGUUACCCCUCCAACAAAAACUGUGUAUGGAUUAUUUCAGCUCCAACAGGAAAAAUCUUGGUACUAAUGUUUACACAGUUUGACAUGAGACGGAGUUCAAAUCCAUCAGGCUGUAAAGAAGAUUUUGUAGAAGUUCAGGAUGGUCUCACUGAUUUAUCUCCUCGCAUUGGUGGAAAAUAUUGCAAUGGAAAUACAUCCAUGUUAACAAUUACUACAACGAGUACAGUCAGAGUGAACUUUCAUUCCGGCAACACCAAUGCUGCCCAGAAAGGAUUUCAGAUUAAUUACCUUGCCAUAACACCAGGUAUUAUUGGAUGCAAAAGAUCAACUUGGUAUAUGUUAAUAAUGGUGCCUAUGAGUUGUACUGGCCAUCAUUUCUAGAAGACAGUUGUGCUACACGUCUCAUUCCUGGCCAUCAUUUUAUUUACUAUUUCAGUCUUGUCAUUAGAAAAAGUAAAAAGCAAGACAAAAAAAAGACAAAAAUAUUGGAGCAUAUACCCUACAACAUAAAGAUUCAGUUUAUUUCUGAAACGAUACAAUAGCAGAGACAAAAAACUUUUGGGGUAAAUCCCAAGUCAGUAGAAGCAAAGCAAAACAUUUGUAAGUAAUAUAAAUGUAAUAGAUGUUGGCCAAAGUAGUAACAAAGUUGGAUGAAAGAAAAGGGCCCAAAAAAAUUACCAUUUAUUUGAUAAUCACCAUAUUACUUUCUUUUGCGACAGGUUCAGGCAACAUACAUGCUGAAAAGGCUUGUGAUGGAGAUGUUUUGGCACUGAACUGUUCAGGAUAUCAAUACACAAUAAAAAUCCUCCAUGCCACAUAUGGUUCUUUUCCACACAGUUGUGGACAGCAGUUGUCAUCUCAAUCUUGCCCAACUGUAGAUGUUAAGAGUAAAGUUGUGACAAUGUGCCAGGAUUCCAAGGAAUGUGACAUCACCGUUAAAAAAGCUCUUUUUGAUUACAGUUGUUCCAAUGGCCCUGAAAACCAUCAACUGCAAAUUUUCUAUCAAUGUACAAGUACUAACAUUAGAAGUAAGUACAGUGAUGAAGGAACAUCAGCUACGGGUGAAUUAGAAAAGAAAAGAAACUAAACAUUUAUUGCUUAGCUGUGGUUUGAUUUUACUUUUAUUUAAAUUGAAUCACUUGAGCACAGAGUUCAUUACAACAUGAACAACUAAACAAACUGUUUAUUAUGAAUAUAUUAAAAAGAUGUCAUUUCUGCAACUGCAUAUCAACAGCUCACUUGUCUAAAUUUAAAUUACAAGGGCCAAAAUGAUACAUUUGGAACAGAUAUUACAGCUUAAAUGCAUGAACUCUGUGAUACUUGAUAUCAUUUGUUAGCUGUGAAGUUCAAAUUGCUUAGAAUGAUAAGAUAUAUUUGCACUGUACUAAAACACCAAUUUUUAUUUUUAUUUAUUUUCAGCCCCAGCCCCUUCCACAAUAACCUCCAAGCCAACCCAAAUGACAUCUUCAGCACCAUCCACCCAGCCAACACAAACGAUUUUUUCAGAACCAUCCAGUGCUCAACCCACCAAAGUUCUAUCCGCAAAUUCAUUCACUAAACCAACCACUAAAUCAUCUUCAGAAAAACCAGUGCUGUAUCCUGGUGAAUCGGACAAAAUUACACUACCAACAGAAAAAGUAGAAUUAGAAGAUCCAGGAAUAACUGAAAAAAGAGCUGAGACAGUACGAGGAUUGCAAAUGGAAGUAAUGGCUGUAGUUAUUGCAGUUGCUUUAGUAGUCUUUGUUGCAGUGGUGGUUGCUGUGUUUGUCUUUCGAAAGAAACGGUAGGAAUCAAGAUAAUUGUACAAUCAGUUGAAAACGUUUUGUUACACAAUGUAUGGGCUCAUCUUAGAUAACUAGCACUAUGAUUCUGCUAUCUCAAACAUAAUUUUGUUUGCUUUUUGACAAGUUUUUUAGCUCAAGUUCUGAUGAUUCAAAUUCCUUGAAGAAAAGAAAGGACUUAUUAAAAAAAUUCAACCCAAAAAAUGAAGGUUUUGAGAGCUAAUGUUUCUGAGAUGUGCUAAGGCAUGGAGAGCUUUGCAAAUUAAACAACAAAAAAUAAUACUCUCAAGUUUGAUAGGGAUGGCCUCGUUUAAAGGAGACUGUAUCAGACAAUGAAUCAGUUCAUGAAGUCCAUUUCUCCCUUUUGGUCUCUACAGUCAUCAAUUAUGGUGAGCAGUUCACAAUCAUAUUUUAUUGUACAUAUUUUCAUCCUUUUCUUUCUUAAUUUCUUUCUACACCAGCUCGCGGAAAGAAAGAGGAAGCCCUCUUCCAACAAUCACUUUCACAUCUGAUAAAGAAUAUGCCACUCCAGCAAAUGGCACCAAAAAAAGGUUUGUCAAUCUGUAAUUUUUAUUAAUUACAUCUCCCACUUUGUUGUAUUCUUGUUGUGGUUGUUGUUGUUUUUUUUUGUGUGUGUGUGUGUGUGGGGAAGUGUUGCUUCCCAGUCAUAAUCUUUUUUUAAAAAAGAUAUCAGAAAUAUGAUUCAAUGAAUCAUAGGUUAGUAAAAAAAAUUAUGGAGAACAGAUGAAGGAAAUAAAUUACUAAUUGGCAGAAGCAAAUCCACAAAAUUUGAGGUGAUAAAACUUUAUAACCCUAGUCAAAAGGUAAGAUUAUAACUACAACGGUUCUGUUAUUUCAACUUUAGACUGAUUUAUUUGUACUUCUAGGUUUCCUCGUGAUUCGAAAGCCAAUCCAUAUGAAACUGUAAAUAUCCUUUAUCGAAGGUUGGUACAACGUUUAACCCUUUCCAAUAAAAAUCUAACUUGCACUGAUUGGAUAUAAAUACACGGAAAGAUUUCCCCACAUCCACAUACUACUUUAAGGCAAAGUCAUAGUCUCAAAGGCAAUCUUUUGUUUUCGCCAUUGUAUUCUUUAUCCAAGAACGUACUGUAUGCAUAAUGAGGAUGGGACUAUGCGAAAAUCCUGCCAAAGACCAGUACCCCCGUUCUAGUUGUCCUAGCAUUACCAUACAAUACUGACCUUAACGAACACAUCUAUGUAGUGCUUUAAAAAUUCCCUAACAUCCAUUGGGCGGGUCGGUACCACUGAUAAUCACAAUUUUGGGGGCUGUCCUGGUGUACCGGUACACGGGGGAAUUCCUAUUGUUUUCAUAUCCAUACAUGGAGUUGUGACGCAGUUCGUUAAUGUUUCGUUCCUUUGUGUACCGGUACACGAGGACACAACCCAAUUUUGUGAUCAUCCGAAGAACCGUCAGAAUCCUAUCACUCCCGCUUUUAGUCGUCAGAAGAAGUUUACUCCGGAAACCAUACAGAGCUUAUAUACCGAUCGUACUAAUAAUAGAUUUUUGAGAAUGAAAAGAGUGGCAAAACUAUUAAAAAAUUGUGUUUAAAUGUACGUAAACAUUGAUUAUGGACGCCGCCAUCUUUCAUCUUACUUAGCAGCCUGGCCGCUGAUGUCUUUCCCUACGUCUCAUUUUGAGCAACAAUGUUGCAAGUGUGAUUUAAUAACUGUAAAUUGACUACUUGUCGUAUUUUCCUUUCUUCUUUUUAGUUCGGAUAGCUCCGAGAACUCUACCAUUGGUGAAAAAGAAGUUUCCUCAAGUGACAGGUGAAUUUCAUAUUGUAAUUAUUAUGGAUAGAUGAUAAUUUUUUUAUCGUUAAUUUUUCGUGUAAACAUGUGGGUGAAGGCUCACCCAGUUAUCUUUGGUAAAUUACACAUCAGAUGGGUAAUGUCAUCAUUAGGAAACAGUUUUACCUGAGAAAGGUUUUCAAAUUGUUCAUUUUAUUGCAGCUGUCCCGUGGAUCAGGAUCGGGACUCUCCUAAGAUAACUGAAAAUCCCCUUUACAUCGGGUAUGUGCAAAACUUUGUUUGCUUUUCUGACAAUUUUCUUUUGUGAACGGAAUUUUCUUAAUGUGACCGAUUUCUUUGCAGUUUUUCUCCGCCAGUCAAAAGCACUGCUGCAGUAGGAUACCAAUUGUAAGUUUUGCCGCUUAUCCUAUCUAAAUUUUAUCAAACACCACUUGUGAAAUAUGUGAAAGAGAGCCAAUCCAGAUGACAAUUAUUACUUGGCCAGUCAAAAACGUCACGAACUCGUUGAAGGCUAGCAAGAUUAAUGUAGCAUCCACUCUCCUCUCCCCCCUCGAAAAAAAAAAAAAAAAAGACACUGGACACUCCCAACACCUCAGGAUUUCGAUUUUGGAAGGAAAACGAGAUCGACCAUUAAUAGACGGAAUAGUCGUAAUCAGAGCUGCACAGACAAGCUGAUCGAGUUUUCUACUCUCUGAACACAAUACAUUCACUACUUUCUGUCCAUUUUCGCCUUUGAUUACUCUCCCAAAGUUUCUCUUACCGGAGAGUAAUCUUCUGUCUCUUUUGUCUCUAGGAUUAAACCACCGAACGGGGCUGCACAGAGUCAUUACAGGUAUUCUAACAACCUGCUGGGUCAAUAGGCUAAUGAUAGAAAAGUCUUAAAUAUUGAUGGUCGAAGGCAAUCCUGAAUUGCUUUGGUCUGGCUUUUUCCUUAUAAAGCGCGUUUCGACCGACUUUCGUUGUAUUAAAACGGAAGUUGCCAUAACCGAAAAUCAGAGCAAAAGGAAGUAAGUUGCUUGUUACGAAAGUUAACUGACUUUGUAUUUAUUUAAAGAAGCACGUAGCUUAACGGUGAUUUAUUUGGGGAAACAAGUCUCAGUUUGAACCAAUCAAAAGAAAGAACAACACUAGCUUUGAUUGAAGCGCUUGAAUUUCUUUGAGUUGACUAAUAAUAAACGAAAAUAAUUAAUGGUGCAAAGCCUUGGUUCGAAAACGAAGGAAGGUCAGAAACCUUGUAAACGAAAAUGAUUUGAAAACAUUUUCAUGCAUUGAAGCUCAUGCAUUCAACAGAGGUUCAGCACUUGGCCACUUUUUGAAGGCGUGGGUUUGUGGGAUUCUAAAAUUGGAUCUUCUUUGGUUGCCAUGUUCAUUUUAACCAGAAUCUGUUGCUUCAUGAACAAUUCUGCGUGAGUCUCUUGCACAAUCCUUUUUUUGUUGUAACCUAUUUUUGCGUUUAGUCUUCCAGUUAAAAAGACUCCAAAAGUGACAUCCAUCGAAAAUCCCAACUACGAGAAGACGUUACCAGUAACGGUAAGACUUUCGUUUCUUUGACUAUUUUUUUGUUUGUUGUUUUUAAUUUAUUACUCCAAUUUAUCCUAUUUUGAAUAAGGAGAAGUGUCAUUGUCUCUAAUAUACAUACGAUUCAUUUGGAUAUCGUUGAAACAAAAGUGUUUGACGAUGAUGAUGCUCGAACCCUUCCAUCAAAAGUUGAAACCAAUUUUCAUUCCCAAGGAUGUUCGAAAAGUCGGAAGUCCAUUUGUUUUGUUUCGUUUAAUCCUGUAACUCCAAACAUGUGAUCUUCCGAGAUUUCAUUGUAAAAUAAUCAAGAGAAUUUACUGUCACAUCUGGAUAACUCCCCACAGUUGUUAAUUUUUCAAAUUCUCAUAACUUGUUCUCCGAUAGUGUAAUGAUCCUGUAAGGAGAAAACCUAUUUUGGUCCCCGGUUUGGCCAAAUUUCAAGUUGUGUGGUCUUUGGAUUUUUCAUCGCCGCUGACCUAUUUUACGGCUCUUUACUUAUUUUUUUUUUCUCUCUUUUUUCCCAGCAGAACUAUGAGUAUGCCAAACCAGAAAUUAAGACGGAUACCAACUGUUAGCCAACAUGUGGAAACAGUGAAAACAAUACCCCAACAACUUAAGUUAAAAUUAGAACUCCUGGCUAGUUUGUAGUAUAACAGUGUAAACUAUAGUAUGGUAAACUUAUAGAUACUGAAAGCGGUGCGGUACUCCGUUUAGCGGUUUUCUUAGAAUUCUGGGGUAUUCAAGUCGUUUUGGCGCUUUAAAUAAUUGCUGUUUAAUGCAUGAAUACUAUGAAAAAAAAAACAACAAACAACACUCAAAUGCGUGGUUAGAAGGGAGAAAGCCGAUAAGGAAAAUAUAAUUCAAAACGGAAGGGAUUGGUUGAUCUUAGGGUUGGAGCUAAGUUCCAGAUCGCGUUUCUCCUCCCACUGGAGACGCACGUAUAAAGUAACACACUGAUUAGUAGCUGUAUAUAUUUGUCAAGUUCACCACCUAGGAGACGCUUGCUGAAGAGUAAUUUCACUUAAUUUCACAGCUGUCAUCGAGAAAGAUCCUUGCAGGUUAAUUUACGCCGGCGAAGUUUAUCUUUUACAUGUUUUCCAUGACGUGACCUUGUUAUAGUUAUGGUGACAUGCCUUUGUUUGAGACAAAAGGACUUCUCGAUAGAUAGUUUGUUAAAUUAUAGCUCUUUCCUUGUCGUCUCCUAGAAGAAUUUGACGAAAGCGCGUUGACCCUCUCGAUUCCUUCCCAGUCUAGCCCUCAAUUUUUGCUAUGACGUCAUGAUCCUCGACUUUAUGUAGCGUUUGAACAGCAAAAAAGGAUAGACUGGGAACGAGUCUAAUAAGACAAUUGAGGCCUUCAUUUCUUUGCUCAACAAGUUACAGUAGAAAAAGGGGAAAAUAACUGUAUUCGUUACUGGAAAAGUCACAAAUUUCUCUGUCUUUUGGUGGAAAGUGGGAGUAUUUGGGAAAGUUAACUAUUCCAAAAACUAGUUAGUGUCGGGUAAUGAUUUCUUUCGUUGACAUUUCAUCGUCUCUACAGGCCUUGUUUACGCUUAUUUUCCGAACGUUCGGUUUUGUUUCCUUCUUUAAAAGGAUUUGCGUGUGAAAGAAACUUUUUGUGUCACGGCAUUGAAAGCCCGUGUGAGUCUGGCUGUAGAAAAACUUGAAGUAGUCUUAGCAUUUGAAUGCAGUUUGCUCGCAGUUGUGUGUGUCGCGAGUUCAAAGAAAAUACUUUGAUUUUCAUUUACGCCACAGGUUUUCGAUCAUGAUGUAAUUCAAAGUAUUGAUACAGAGUGAUUGUAAGAAAAAUACUUUGGCAGUAAGGUUUGUAAAAGGGCAAUCGAUCUAACAAGUCUCGUACACUUUCAAAUCUUUGGAAAGUGCCCGAAUUUGUUUGCCUGUUCGGAGAGAUAGAAUUAUCAAUCCCGAAUGUUGACGACUUUCGCUCAGGUUCGUAAACCGUCUACUCGGUCAAUCAUGGAGUGCAAUAUUCCGAGAGUGAAAAAGACCUUUUCACAGUUUUGAAUGUAAAAUUGGGUUAAGCUAAAAAAGGAUAUAAUAUAUGAAGAUUGCAAAGGCGUUAGCUUUGUACAGACGUGUGAAAGAAAAUUUUGAUAAUGAAAAAGACUAGUCCACAAGAUUGAAUAGGAAUUAGUUACGUAAGGUAUACAUAGAAGGCUAAAAAGCUUUGGGCUUUUUACUGUUGCGUAGAAAUAGUAUUAGUAACUUGUCUAUAGAGAGCUGAAUGAGUUGUACAACAGCCAUUAACAGUGACGGAUCUAGACCUUAAGUUAAGUGGGGGAGAGGGGUUUUGUCGCUUGCCCUGCCGGCUUUUCUUCCUUCUGCGAUUCUUUCUUUUUUACCCAAAAUAAGAGGGGGGCCCGAGCCUCCCGGGUCCCUCCCCUAGAUCCGCCACUGAUUAAACAGUAUUUUCGUAGGGUUCACGACUCGAAGAGUCAGCAGAAAUGUUGAAAUUGUUCACUUAUUUAAAAUUCACGGUUGUAUGUUUUAAGUCAAGAUUUUGCAUUAUAUUUAAAGAGGUUAUAUAGUAAUAAAGGCCAGACAAUAUUUUGUUGCAGAC